AUGGUCUGGUUCGACAACCGCUCCAACGUCUCCUCAAACUCCAACUCCCGCUCCCACCGUCGCCGCUCUCCCUCGCACCGCUCCCACUCCCGCUCCAAUUCCAACUCCAACUACAAACAACAAGCCCACAGCAUGCCCUCAAACCACAACAACUACAACUACGGCUCAGACUCCAACGUCAAUGCUCCCAGCGCCGCCUCCGGCCGCAAAAGCCCCUCCGCCUCCGUCUACUCCGGCACCACGGCCUCAUCCUCCACCCGCCGCCGCGCGAAGCCCCGAAAGGGCUUUGUUAAGCGUGUCGUUCGCUCGAUUCGGCAGGUCCUCCGGGACAUUCAUGAUUAUGCGCGGGAGUUCCCGUACAAAACAUUCUUUAUGGUCAUUGUGCCGUUGAUUGCAACGGGAGUGCUGCAGAAGUUGUUGGGAUUCAUUGGGAUUAAGUUGCCGAAGAGGAUCUUUGGGAGACUGGCUAGGCCGCCUUCGUUUGAUGGGUUGAAGGCGCAUGUUAUUGCGUUGAUUCGGGUUGCUAAGUGGGCUGUUAAGUCUUAA